ACACUUCCAUCAGCUGUCCAAAGAAGUGCUGAGUUUGCGUUUACAAUCCAUCCUGCAGUUAACCCCGCCUCUAAGUGCCAAGGUCUGCGCACAUCACAGGUGGGACCAAGAGACCUGGUUGGAUCUGAAAGCAGACGCACGCAGUGCCCACAGCAGACUGGAGACAAAGGAGGACCGCAUUGGCCGUCAGUCAAGUCCCGCACCCUCACAGCGGACCGCACCAGCUGCCCCCGGCGGCUGAACCCCUCCGAGAUGGAGGAUGAAGCGAGCCCACCAGCCAGGCCCAAGCCUCGGUACACGGGCCAGGUCCGCCUUUGCACUGCCCGAUACAGUUAUAACCCCUACGAUGGACCCAACGAGCACCCUGAAGCAGAGCUCCCUCUUGUGGCGGGAAAGUAUUUGUACGUCUACGGCAACAUGGACGACGACGGCUUCUAUGAAGGGGAGCUCCUGGACGGCCAGCGAGGACUGGUCCCUUCCAACUUUGUGGAGUUCAUCCAGGACAAGGAGAAGCUCACCAUUCAAGCCGGGGACGGUGGUGAGGAGCAUAAAGCCCUGGCCUUGAUGACAGUGGACGGGGGUGGUGGCCAGGACCGUCUGCUGGGCUUGUCCAAGGCCUUGGUUCCCUGUAGCAACGGGACAGCGGGGCCCUUGGACCCCGAGGACCUGGCUGAAGACGUUGUGCCUUAUCCUCGUAAGAUCACCUUGAUCAAGCAACUGGCGCGGAGCGUCAUCGUGGCCUGGGAUCCUCCGGUCGUGCCUUUGGGCUGGGGGAACAUCUCCGGCUACCAGGUGUCGGUGGACGGCGAGCUGCGUGCCACUUUACAGUCCGGCGGACGCACCAAGUCCUUACUGGAGAAGCUGGACCUGGACGGCUGCGUUCACCGCGUGUCCGUGCAGAGCGUCACCGACAGGGGCGUGUCGGACCAGCUGCGCUGCACUUUGUUGGUGGGAGCCAACGUGGUGGUGGCCCCUUGUGGCCUCCGGGUGGACGACAUCCGGCGGGACACGGCCGAGCUCUCUUGGUUGCCUAGCAACAGUAACUACGGUCACACCGUCUUCCUGGACGGGGUGGAGCACGCGGUGUUGAAGCCGGGCAGGUACAGACUGCGUUUCUUCAACCUGAAGCCGCUGACGGUGUACAAGGUGACAGUGUCGGCGCAGCCCCACCAGGUGCCGUGGCAACUGCCUCUGGAGCAGCGGGAGAGGAAGGAGGCAGGAGUGGAGUUCUGCACUCAGGCUGCAGGUCCAACAUCAUUUUGCAGAACAGGGCCUCCACUGCCCCCGCAAGAUGUACAGGUGCUGUGUGGGCAGGCACCCGGGGUCCUGCAGGUCCGCUGGAAGCCCCCCGCCCUUUCUCCCACGGGCACGUCCAACGGGGCCAACGUCAUCGGUUACGCCGUCUGCACCAAAGGACAGAAGAUUGCAGAGGUGAUGUUCCCCAUGGCCGACUACGUGACCGUGGAGCUGACGAGGAUUCAGUGCUUGGAGGCCAGGGAGGUCAUAGUGAGGACUCUGUCCGCACAGGGAGAUUCCCAGGACUCCCACAUCGCCGCCAUUCCAAACAACCUGCUCGUGCCUCUACCUCCACUUCCGCUGCCGGCGCCAAUGCACCCCCACCCCCACCCCCAGCAGCCUCACCUUACGUCCCCCCACCUUCCUCACGCCACCCCCCAACUUCCCGCGCUGCCGCCUCCAGCCCACGGGCAACCGCUCCCGCUGCACCCGCAUCCUCCGCACCCUCAACCCCACCCGCGACUGCCUCACCCCGGCGUCCCUCCCCAGGGUCGGCCUCCUCAUCCGCAGGCCCUCCACCCUCUUCACCAAGGUCCGAGGCCGCAGCACCGCCUGCCUCUGCAGCCGCACCCUCACCCCCACCCGGUACCUCAGAGACCAGUAAGUGCCAGAGACCUGGAUGCCAAAGAGCAAGUCGCCCACCACGGGGCAGCUGUCCCACCCAACCAACUCGGUUGGGCCCCCGUACGCUCCCCGUCCUCCCAGCACCCUGUAGCCAUGCAAGGCCACACCCUGGAGGCCCCGCCCCAUGGCAAUCCACGCUCACCCUCCCCACAAAGGAUUCUACCACAGCCAAGAGGCACUCUAGUCCCGGACAACGUUGCCAAAGCCAUCGCUCGGGAAGCAGCGCAGAGAGUGGCGGCAGAGAGCGGCAAGGGGGAGCGCAGGCCUGCUGGCUACGGCGAGCGGGGUCAGACCUUCCACCAGCACCACUCGGAUGAGGAAGAGGAGGACGAGGAAGGGUGUGCACGCCGCAGGCGAAGGGGACCUUCGGUGGACGAGUUCCUCCGAGGCUCGGAGUUGGGAAGGCCGCCUCACUAUAGUCACAAUGAAGAGUAUCACAGCGAGAGCAGCCGCGGCUCUGACCUGUCUGACAUCAUGGAAGAGGAUGAGGAGGAGCUGUACUCAGAGAUGCAGCUGGACGAGGGACGCCGACGCAACUCGCACAACACUCCCAAGUCCGCUAACCCAUCGGGAGGCCGUCACCAGCGCGACGGCGGCCGGAGGAUUCACCAUGGCGGACCGCAGCCGCAGAGACCGCCUCUCACCGUCCCUGCCAUUGACGGUCCCCGGGAGCACCGCUCGCCCACCUACCUGGACGAGUCGGAGCCGGAGGAGUCAUUCCGGGUGUUCGUGGCGCUCUUUGACUACGACCCUCUGUCCAUGUCCCCCAACCCUGACGCGGCCGACGAGGAGCUGCCUUUCAAAGAGGGACAAAUCAUCAGGAUAUACGGGGACAAAGACACAGAUGGCUUCUACCGAGGGGAAGUGCGAGGCAGGAUGGGUCUGAUUCCGUGCAACAUGGUGUCUGAGAUCCGUGCAGAGGAUGACGAGACCAUGGAGCAGCUCAUCAAACAGGGUUUCCUGCCUCUCAGCACCCCGGUGGACAGACUAGAGCAAAAUAGGAGAGGUCUCCGUCGAGGUGAAGCCUCCAGGAGGAUGGUGGCGUUGUACGACUACGACCCUCGAGAAAGCUCACCCAACGUUGAUGUUGAGGCUGAGCUGACCUUCUGCACGGGUGACAUCAUUGCGGUGUUUGGCGACAUCGACGAAGACGGCUUCUACUAUGGGGAGAUCAAUGGCCAUCGCGGUCUGGUCCCCUCCAACUUCCUGGAAGAAGUGCCUGACGACGUGGAGGUGUACCUGACCGACACGCCCGCCCACUUCCCCCCCGAGGAGCCCACCAACCGGCUCCCCGCCGCCAACUCGGCCGCCCCCGUCCCGGAUCCCAAACGGAUCGCCAUCGACAACGCCGUGGACAACACUGCCACGCCAGUCCGCACGCCGGUCCGCACGCCGUCCCCCAUCGUUGGCCCCCUGCUGCCGGGCACCAUGCGGCCACUCAGCCCCACCAGGGGCCCCCUGCGCGUCUCCCCGGGCCCCUGCGACACUCACGAUUUAGCAAACAAGAAGAAGAAAGGACUGCUCUCCAAGGGGAAGAAGCUCCUGAAGCGGCUCUCUCCUGCCAAGUAGAACAUGGACGCAGUACACUCACUACAUGCAGUACACUCACUACAUGCAGUACACUCACUACAUGCAGUACAUGCACUACAUGCACUACAUGCAGUACAUGCAGUACAGUCACUACAUGCAGUACACUCACUACAUGCAGUACAUGCAGUACACUCACUACAUGCAGUACAUGAACAUAGCAGUACUCUCUACUGUGCCAAAAGUAAAGAUUACUUUGAUGUACUUUACCAUGUGUAUUAUAUCUUAUACUUUCAUCCAGGGGUGCCCAAACUUUUUCCACCGAGGGCCAUAACUGAAAAAAAAUCAAAGGAUGUGGCGGCCAUUUUGCUAAUUUUCACCUUUGAAACCAGUACAAUAUUUACUUUUUUUUUUUUUUUUUCCCAAAGAACUACAAAAUGCAAUUUAGUUAGAAAUGUUGUUUGAAUGCUGAAGAGCCAAAGUAAAAGUGAAAUGCUAACAGUUAGCACGCUGGCUAAAUCGGAGCUAAAAAAUGCUAGCAUGCUGACAAUAGCAUGUUAACAUGCUAACAAUAGCGUGCUUACAGUUAGCUUUAAUGAAAUACCAAAAUAUGAUGUGUAUACCUGCUGAAUUAGCUAAAAAAGCUAUCAUGCUAACGUUAGCAUGCGAAAACCAAAAUAUAAUACCCUGAGGUGUGUACAUGAAAAAAUGCAUUCAAAAUGCUAAGAUGCUAAUUUUAACAUGUAUAAAGUGCUAAAAUACGAAUGAGGCGUAUUCCUUCAAAAUUAGCUGAAAACAACAGAAGUAAGCAUACUAACCUUAGCAUGAUAUCAGGUAUCAAUCGUCAAUAAACAAAACAUUUGGUGCUUUACCUGCAAAAUUUGCAAAAAAAAUAUAAAAAUGUCAGCAUUCUAUUGUUAGAAUGCUAACGAUUGUGCUGCGGGCCGUUAAAAAAUUAGCUAUGAGUUGUCAUCUUCAAAACCACAACUAUUUACGGAUUUAUUUCAAAGAACUACAAAAUGCAGUUUUAGGUCGAAUUGUUGUGUGAUUGCUGAAGAGCCAAAGGCAAACUGAAAUGCUAACCGUUAGCAAGCUGGCCAGUUAGUGUCAAGUAACAAAAAAUAUGAGCUAUAAAGCUAGCAGGCUAACAGUAGUAUAUUAACAUGCUAACAAUAGCGUGCUUACAGAUAGCUUUCGUGAAAUAUCAAAAUAUGAUGUGAUGUGUAUAUCUGCUAAAUUUGCUUAAAAAAUCCAGCAUGCUAACGUUAGUAUGAGAAAACCAAAAUAUAAUGCCCUGAGGUGUGUACAUGAAAAAAUGCAUUCAAAAUGCUAAGAUGCUAAUUUUAACAUAUAUAAGGUGCCAAAAUACGACUGAGGUGUAUUCCUCCAAAAAUGAAUUAAAAACAACAGAAGCAAGCAUACUAACGUUAGCAUGCUAGCAGGUAUCAAUCGUCAAUAAACGAAACAUUUGGUGCUAAGGUGUAUACCUGCAAAAUUUGCACACAAAAAAAAGCCAGCGUUCUAUUAUUAGAAUGCUAACUAUCGUGCUGCGGGCCGUUAAAUUAGCUACGAGUUGUCAUCUUCAAAACAACAACUAUUUACAGAUUUAUUUCAAAGAACUAGUAAGUGCAGUUUUUUGGUAUAAAUGUUGUGUGACUGCUGAAGAGCCAAAGCCAAACUGAAAUGCUAACAAACAGUUUUAUGUUAAAAUACUGAACAGUUUCCACAUUAUUUGUCAACACUGUCUGCUCUCAUUUUCUCGCACAUUUGACCUUCUGAUGUUCUGUGUGCCUACACUCUGUCCUUUUCCUGUCUAGGCCUGCUGUCU